AGUGUGGAGUGAGACCACCCAUGUUGGCGGUCUGAAUCCCCAUUGAAAGGCUUGAAGUAGACGCCAGAAUUAUAGGCUUCCAGGUGAGGGCCAUAUUUAAAAUCCGACAACAUUUAUCUCACCCUGUAGGCUGUUGCGCGCCUCCAUCACUCCAUCCAUAAAUACCACUAAACCACUGAAUUCUCAGUUUCCACAACUACUGCUCCAUCAUGGACCCCCUCUCCGCCCUCCGCGACUUCACCGUCCGUGGAGAGCUCGACAAGAUCGUCAGAGUCGGCGACGAGUUUCGAUUUGGUUCCGACUACACCUUCCCUUGCUCCGCUGAAACCGCCUACCGAUCCAAACAAGGCAAUCUUUAUACGCUCGAAACCCUUGUGUAUUACGUCAAGAAUCACCACAUCAAGCACACCGAGUACCUCCAGAGCGCCCGCACUCAGAGAAUCCCCGCUGUUACCCUGCCCGAUCGUAAACCUCUGCUCGAAUACCUUCAAGGCAAAGUUGCCUCCACCGACGCCAUCGAAUUCGUCGUACCCCAAAACCCUAAAAUCCCCGAUAUCGGUGUCGAUGCCGUCGACGAGUACCGCCCCGAGGACCCCACGUUGCUCGCAAUUCGUGACCCGCCCGGUUCAGAGGACGCCUUGGACAAUUCUAGGGUUAGGGGUUUUGACAAUGUUGAUUACAUCUCCAUGAUUAGGGCUUCCGAGAGACCUUUGAAAGAUCGUGAAUCGUUGUUAGAAUGUAAGCAAAGGGAUUUCUAUAGCGUGCUAAUGGCCUCGACGAGGCGGGAGGAGGAGCGGCAUAGGCUAGAGUCGCACCAGAGGAAGGAUGGGUUGGUGGCAAAGAGUCGGUUAAUGGGCGCGGACGAGAGGGGUUUAGGGUUUUGGAAGGAUGGGGAUGAGUUGGGGUAUGAUGGGACGCCCAAACCGAAAAUGCUGCUGAACAGGAGCAAGAUUGGGGAGGGUGUGCCAAUAAUUCUCGUACCCAGUGCGUUUCAAACUCUGAUUACCAUCUAUAAUGUGAAGGAGUUUUUGGAGGAUGGGGUUUUCAUACCAACAGAUGUGAAGGCAAAGCAAAUGAAAGGGGCAAAACCUGAUUGCGUUACAGUGCAGAAGAAGUUUAGUAGGGAUAGGGUAGUCAUGGCAUAUGAGGUAAGGGACAAGCCAUCAGCAUUGAAGACAGAAGAUUGGGAUCGGGUUGUUGCAGUUUUUGUAUUAGGAAAGGAGUGGCAGUUCAAGGAUUGGCCCUUCAAGGAUCAUGUUGAGAUAUUCAAUAAAAUUAUUGGUUUUUACAUGCGGUUUGAAGAUGAUAGUGUGGAGUCUGCAAAGAUUGUCAAGCAGUGGAAUGUAAAGAUAAUCUCAAUUAGCAAGAACAAGCGGCACCAAGACAGAGCAGCAGCACUUGAGGUGUGGGACAGAUUAGAGGAAUUUGUCCGGUCAAGAUCACAUACUUGAAGUACUCCAUGUUUUAUAUAAAAGCUAAAUAGGAACAGAACCUAGGGAAGAUGAUCUCAGCCUGUGCAUUGUUGGCAUACCUGAACAAUGGUGAGAAGGAUGGCAUGUGAGCAGUACAUGGAGACACUUAUGUUCAGCAUUGAUUCAUCAGAUGUACAUGUUACAGGUUUGUCUCAAAUAGUAAUUGUUGCGAGGUUUCUAUGAAAUGAAUCCUAUGUUGAAGAAUACAAACUUCCCUUUGUAUCCUCAUUGUAACAGUACAAGUUUAUGAUAGCAAUUUCUCUGAAGCAUGGUUCAUUUCCAUACAUCAA